UAGCAGAACGAAGUGCGUUAGGUUGUUAGAAAGUUAAUGGCUGGGGGAAAGAGAUUCUUCUCUUCUCGCUUCAGGAGAGUUUCGGGAUUUUCUGAAGUAAAAACACCAUAAUUUAUAAACAAAUACAAACCCGAAGGAAGUUAAAGACAAUAUUAGAUUUAUUAACAUACAUAUUAUUUAGAUAAGUAUGCAGGAUGCAGUAGCCGGGACGGCAAUGCUGACGGACGGCUUCGAGGACGAGAUUGACUCGGUGACUCCGCGCUCUCCGGCGGUAGGGAUGGGGGUAGGAGCCACACCAGGAGCCGGACUCGGGGGCAUAGGGAUUGGUGUCGGCGGAAAAAAAGUCCGGUUAUUUGGCGAGUCCAGUGGGCCCACUGCAGACAGGCUGGAUUUUAAACUAGCCGCGGCGGCAGUUCUUUCCUCUGGUCCGGGGUCUGGCAGCGACGAAGACGAAGUCUCGGAGGUGGAGUCUUUCAUCCUGGACCAGGAGGACCUGGAGAACCCCAUGCUCAAGACUGCGUCCGAACUGCUGCUCUCCAGCGCCACCGACGGGGUGGACCUGCGCACCGUCGACCCCGAAACACAGGUCCGGCUGGAGGCCCUCCUGGAGGCCGCAGGCAUCGGUAAACUGUCCACCGCGGACGGUAAAGCGUUCGCAGAUCCCGAGGUGCUGCGGCGUCUGACGUCGUCGGUGAGCUGCGCGCUGGACGAGGCCGCCGCCGCCCUCACGCGCAUGAGGGCCGAGAACACGCUCAACGCCGGCCAGGCCGACAAUCGUAGCUUAGCAGAGGCCUGUUCGGACGGGGACGUGAACGCCGUGCGGAAGCUUCUGGACGAGGGGCGGAGCGUCAACGAGCACACGGAGGAGGGCGAGAGCCUGCUGUGCCUGGCCUGCUCCGCCGGCUACUACGAGCUCGCUCAGGUGCUGCUAGCCAUGCACGCUAACGUGGAGGACCGGGGCGUUAAGGGGGACAUCACCCCUCUGAUGGCGGCUGCUAGCGGGGGAUUUGUGGACAUCGUCAAACUGCUGCUGGUCCACGGAGCCGACGUCAACGCACAGUCAUCUACAGGAAACACGGCGCUGACGUACGCGUGCGCGGGCGGCAGCGUGAGUGAGGUGCUGCUGAAGAGGCGCGAUCGAGACCACAACGAGAACGGCCACGCGCCGCUGAUGGAGGCGGCCAGCGCCUGGCACUGGCUGGCUGCGCUUGCCUGGUACGGCGCCGGCAUCAACACGCACUCCAACGAGUUCAAGGAGAGCGCGCUCACGCUGGCCUGCUACAAAGGUCACCUGGACAUGGUGCGCUUCCUGCUGGAGGCCGGAGCCGACCAGGAGCACAAGACGGACGAGAUGCACACGGCGCUGAUGGAGGCCUGCAUGGACGGGCACGUGGAGGUGGCGCGGCUGCUGUUGGACAGCGGGGCGCAGGUGAACAUGCCCGCGGACUCCUUCGAGUCUCCGCUGACGCUGGCGGCCUGCGGGGGCCACGUGGAGCUGGCGGCGCUGCUCAUCGAGCGCGGGGCCAACCUGGAGGAGGUCAACGACGAGGGCUACACCCCCCUGAUGGAGGCCGCCCGCGAGGGCCACGAGGAGAUGGUGGCGCUGCUGCUGGCGCAGGGUGCGAACAUUAACGCGCAGACGGAGGAGACGCAGGAGACGGCGCUGACCCUGGCCUGCUGCGGCGGCUUCCUGGAGGUGGCCGACUUCCUGAUCAAGGCGGGGGCGGACAUCGAGCUGGGCUGCUCCACGCCGCUGAUGGAGGCCGCGCAGGAGGGCCACCUGGAGCUCGUCAAGUACCUGCUGGCCGCAGGGGCAAACGUCCACGCUACCACGGCAACGGGGGACACGGCGCUGACGUACGCUUGUGAGAACGGACACACGGACGUGGCGGACGUCCUGCUGCAGGCCGGGGCUGACCUGGAGCACGAGUCUGAGGGGGGCAGGACGCCCCUGAUGAAGGCGGCCAGAGCGGGACACCUGUGCACUGUGCAGUUCCUCAUCAGCAAAGGUGCUAACGUGAACAAAGCCACGGCCAACAACGACCACUCGGUGGUGUCCCUGGCCUGCGCGGGGGGGCACCUGGCCGUGGUCGAGCUGCUGCUGGCACACGGAGCCGACCCCACCCACAGACUAAAGGACGGCUCCACCAUGCUCAUCGAAGCUGCUAAGGGAGGUCACACCAACGUCGUGUCCUACCUGCUAGAUUACCCAAACAACAUCCUCUCUGUCCCCGCCCCCGACCUGUCCCAGCUCACGCCCCCUUCUCACGAUACGUCUCAGGUUCCUCGUGUUCCAUUCCAGGCCCUUGCCAUGGUGGUGCCCCCCCAGGAACCCGACAGAGUGCCCACCAUCAGCACCCACCCCCCUGUCACCUGCAAAGGUUCGUCCAAACAGAGACAGAGCGCCCUGCAGGCGGGCGGCGGUACCGCGGGCCGCCCGGACGCCGACGCCCUGCCGCCGCUCCACCCGUACCAGCCGCUGGAGUGCAUCGUGGAGGAGACGGAGGGCAAGCUGAACGAGCUGGGCCAGCGCAUCAGCGCCAUCGAGAAGGCCCAGCUGCAGUCCCUGGAGCUGAUCCAGGGGGAGCCGCUCACCAAAGACAAGAUCGAGGAGCUGAAGAAGAGCCGGGAGGAGCAGGUGCAGAAGAAGAAGAGGAUCCUGAAGGAGCUGCAGAAGGUGGAGCGGCAGCUGCAGCUGAAGACGCAGCAGCAGUUCACCAAAGAGUACAUGGAGGCCAAGGGCCUGAAGGAUGACCCGGGCCAGACGGGCGUGGCCCAGCCCCCCGGGCCCCUCCCGCCCCCCCACCCGCCGCACCCCGCCCUGCUCGGCUCCGACGUGGACGCGGACGAAGAGGCUCGCUGCGGUGACGAGGAGGGGGGGCAGCCCUGCCCCGCGGAGGUGGAGGAGGAAGGGGAGCAGGAGGAGGAAGAGGAGGACGACGAUGAUGAAGAGGACGAGGAUGAGGAUGAGGAGGAGGAGGUGGACGAGGAGGAGGAGGAGGAGGAAGAGCAGGACGACUUCGCUGCCAAGCUCCCGCAGGUGGACACCAUCCUGUACCGGGACGGGCAGCCGCCCCCGCCGCCUCCCCCGCCCCCCCCUCAGGAGCCCUCCCCCCCGCCCCUGCAGCCCAGCUUCAUGCCCAUGCAGCCGCUGGCCCUGCAGCAGUCCACAGACUUCAGCAGCGCGGACUGCCCCUGCACCGCCUCCCCCGACCUGCAGAGGGCGCUGGUCAGCCAGCAGAUGCUGGGCCCCGGACUCCUCGCCCAGGCGCCCGACGGCCUCAUGGUGGCCACGCCCGCCCAGACGCUCACCGACACGCUGGACGACAUCAUGGCUGCGGUCAGCAGCCGGGUGCCCAUGCUCAGCACUAUGACCCCGCCCCCCCCCCAGCCUGCCGCUCAGACCCCCGGCAGCAGCGUGGCCCCGCCCUCUAUGCUGCCGCUCUACCCUUCUGUGGACAUCGACGCACAUGUAAGCCCCGCCCCCUUCUCACGCGCGCACGCACACGUACACACACGCUUGAGAUCAGGAAGGAGGAUUGUGAAAGCCUCAGCUGAAUAAAAUCUGCUUAAUAUUACUUGACGAGAUUCCUUUGGCUUCACCCCCCUGAUCCUGGCUGCCACCGCGGGGCACGUGGGCGUGGUGGAGGUCCUGCUGGAUAAGAGCGGGGACAUCGAGGCCCAGUCUGAGAGAACCAAAGACACGCCGCUGUCGCUGGCCUGCUCCGGGGGACGGCAGGAGGUGGUGGAGCUGCUGCUGCUUCGUGGGGCCAAUAAGGAGCACCGUAACGUGUCGGACUACACCCCCCUCAGCCUGGCCGCCUCGGGGGGGUACGUCAACAUCAUCAAGAUCCUCCUCAACGCCGGGGCCGAGAUCAACUCCAGGACGGGCAGUAAGCUGGGCAUCUCCCCCCUGAUGCUGGCGGCCAUGAACGGGCACGUGCCGGCGGUGAAGCUGCUGCUGGACAUGGGCUCGGACAUCAACGCGCAGAUCGAGACCAACCGCAACACCGCGCUGACGCUGGCCUGCUUCCAGGGCCGGGCCGAGGUGGUCAGCCUGCUGCUGGACCGCAAGGCCAACGUGGAGCACCGGGCCAAGACCGGGCUGACCCCUCUGAUGGAGGCAGCGUCCGGAGGGUACGCUGAGGUGGGGCGGGUGCUCCUGGACAAGGGCGCGGACGUGAACGCGCCCCCCGUCCCGUCGUCCCGGGACACCGCCCUCACCAUCGCCGCCGAUAAGGGCCACUACAAGUUCUGCGAGCUGCUGAUCAACAGGGGCGCUCACAUUGACGUGCGGAAUAAGAAGGGGAACACGCCUCUGUGGCUGGCGGCUAACGGGGGGCACUUUGACGUGGUGCAGCUGCUGGUGCAGGCCGGCGCCGACGUGGACGCCGCCGACAACCGCAAGAUCACGCCGCUCAUGGCCGCCUUCCGGAAGGGCCAUGUGAAGGUAGUGCAGUACCUGGUGAAGGAGGUCAACCAGUUUCCCUCGGACAUCGAGUGCAUGAGAUACAUCGCCACCAUCGCGGACAAGGAGCUGCUGAAGAAGUGCCACCAGUGCAUGGAGACCAUCGUUAAAGCCAAAGACCAGCAGGCCGCCGAGGCCAACAAGAACGCCAGCAUCCUGCUGAAGGAGCUGGACCUGGAGAAGUCGCGGGAGGAGAGUAAGAAACAGGCCCUGGCAGCGAAGAGGGAGAAACGCAAGGAGAAGCGAAAGAAGAAGAAAGAGGAGCAGAAGAAGAAACAGGAAGAGGAGGAGGCCAAAGUCAAGGAGGAUUUCAGCGAAAUGCAGGACGAGGAGAAGGACUCUGCCGAAGAGGAGGAGGUCCCCAUCGAGCCCCCCAGCGCCACCACCACCACCACCAUCGGCAUCCUGGCCACCUCCCCCACCUUCUCCGGCGCCUUCGGCAAGAAGCGCGCCGGCGCGGCCUCCACCCCCACCGCCAGCCGCAAGAACAAGAAGAACAAGACCAAGGACUGCGCCAGCGAGCCCGUCAUCCUGCAGGACCCGCAGGUGGCGCUGGCGCAGCAGCGGGCCGACCGCAACAAGAUCCAGGGCGAGCCUCGGGGCGGCGGGGCGCCGGGGGGGCACAGCGACUCGGACAACCUGGACAGCGCCGACUGCAACAGCGAGAGCAGCUGCAGCGGCAAGAGCCAGGAGCUCAACUACCUGCCCGACCUGCCCUCGUCCUCCCUGUCCUCCUCUUCCUCCUCCUCCUCCUCUUCCUCCUCCGCCCCCUCCGUCCCCGUCCACGCCCACGCCCCGCCCGCCCCCGAGAGGAGGCAUGGCCCCCCCCUGCACGGCUCGCGCGACGAGAAGGUGACGGUGUCCGUAUCCAAACCACAGAGGGUGCAGGACUGCGGCGGCGGCUUGACGCCCAGCUCCCUGCCCUCCCCCUUCAAGACGAUGUCACUGCCAGUGUCCUCCCCCAGCGGCAAGAUGAGCCUCGCCAGUCCCAAGAGGGGCCAGAAGAGAGAGGAGGGCUGGAAGGAGGUCGUACGGAGGUCUAAGAAGCUGUCGGUCCCGGCGUCCGUGGUGUCGAGGAUCAUGGGACGGGGCGGCUGCAACAUCACUGCCAUCCAGGACGUGACGGGCGCACACAUCGACGUGGACAAGCAGAAGGACAAGAACGGCGAGCGGAUGAUCACCAUCCGGGGGGGCACGGAGUCGACGCGGCACGCCGUCCAGCUGAUCAACGCGCUGAUCCAGGACCCCGCCAAGGAGCUGGAGGACCUGAUCCCCCGAAACCACAUCCGCGCCCCGGGCGCGCACAAGAUGGGCUCCUCCUUCCCGCCGUCGGGGGGUGUGGCCGGCGGCUCCAAGGCCCUGGCGUCCAUGGCGACGUCCUCCGGCAUGUCCUUCCAGCCUUCGUCCUCAUCCUCGUCCUCCUCCUCGGCGGGGAAGCUGGGGAAGGGGCUGCCGUCGGGGGUGCGGCCGGCCUUCCCGGUGUCCCUCCCCCUGGCGUACGCCCACCCCCAGCUGGCGCUGCUGGCCGCGCAGACUAUGCACCAGAUCCGCCACCCGCGCCUGCCCAUGGCGCAGUUCGGGGGCACCUUCACCCCGGCGCCCAGCACCUGGGGGCCCUUCCCCGUGCGCCCCGUCAGCCCGGGCAGCGCCAACAGCUCCCCGAAACACAACGGCACCGGGGGGGCCCGCCCCGGCCCCUCCCACGCCGAGUACGCCGCCGCCGCCGCCUCCUCCACCGGCGCCAACCCCGCCUCCGCCGCCGCGGCCACGCCCCCUUCGGUCUCCGCCUCGGCCCCGCCCUGCCCCCCCAGCGCCCCCACCCCCUCGUCCGUCAGGAAGCAGCUGUUCGCGCCCGAGCCCAAGGUCGCCGCGGCGACCACCACGGUCAGCAGCGCCUGCGCCACGCGGCUGGCGGGUUCCCCCGCCCACCAGCACGGCUCCGCCCUCCCGCUCGCCACGCCCUCCACCCCCCCUCCCCCUCCCAUCGCCCCGCCCGCCCAGCAGCAGCACGCCCCCAAACAGGAGCCCAGCGGGGCCCCCACGCCCGGGAAGGAGAAGCCGUCUCUGGAGGCCACGCCCACGCCCGUCUCCGCGGCGGGAGUUUCUGACGCCGUCGGCUCCGCCGGGCCCCUCCCCUUCUCGGCCCCGCCCACGUCCCUGCCCGUCCCCCAGCCGCCCGUCCCCUUCUCCUCCAGCGCAGAGCCGGCGACGCCUGCCCUGGUCCCGCCCACUUCCGCUAACCCCGCCCCCUCCUGCUCGGUGGCGCACACCAGCAACGCCCCCGCCCCCAGAAUGUCCCACCGCAUGCAGCCGCCGGGCCCCUUCUACCCGUUGCCGGAGCAACAGAGCGUGUUCGUGCCCCUGAACGUGGCCCCUGAGCCGCUGAAACAGCAGCAGCAGCACCCUGGCCCCGCCCCGCCCCCCCACCAGGCCCCCGGCCUGAUGAAUGGCUCCCAGGUGCACCUGCACGGGGGGGCCAAGGCCCAGCUGCCCCCCAACUUCGGACCUGCUGCCCUCUUCAACCACUUCAGCAGCAUGUUCGACGGCAGCCAGGUGGGCAACAGCCAGGUGUGGGGGGCGUGUCACCUGCCCACCCGCACCGCCCCGGAGCAGAGCUACAGCGGCCCCCCCGCCUACAUGAGCAUGGGCCAGAUGGAGGCCGUCAUGACCCCCCCGGACGGGUCCAAGGCCCCCGGCUACCGCUCCUCCUCCCAGAGGCUGGUCAGCAGCCCCAUCGCUGUGCACCCAUUGGAUCCCUCGAUGAGCUCGAGCUCCGCCUCCUCCGCCGUGCUGACCAGCUUUGCCACCAGCAUCUCGGGCAGCACGGUGUUCCUGCCCGGCCACGCCCCCUGCGCUGGCCCCGCCCCCGUCGGCACGCCCUCCUUCAGCCGCCAGCACUUCUCCCCCCACCCCUGGAGCGCCUCCACUUCCUGUGAGUCCCCGGCCCCCUCCGUGUCGUCAGGCGCGUCCUCCCCCCUCUCCGCCUCCUCGUCGGCCCCGCCCCUGAUCCAGUCCAAGCCCGGCGGCCCCGGCCUGCAGGACCGGAAGGUUCCGCCCCCCAUCGGCACCGAGCGCCUGGCCCGCAUCCGGCAGACGGGCUCCGUUAACCCCGCCCUCCUCACCAGCAGCUACACCGCGCCCGUCGGCCAGGGCGGCAUCUGGUCCUUCGGCGUGGGCAGUGCCUCAGAGGCGAUGUCGGGCUGGUCGCAGCCCCUCAUGGGCGGGCACAUGCUGCAGCAGCAGCUGCCGGAGCUGUCGGCGAUGUCCCAGCACCAGCCCCUGGAGCAGGACGACACGGGCAUUGUGGCGCCCUCCAACGCCUUCCACCAGGGCCACCCCAGCCAGGGCCACCCAAACCAGGGCCUCCCCAGCAGCUUCAUGGACUUCUCCAAGGGGAUGCCGUUGUCGAUGUACGGAGGAGCGAUGAUCCCCCCCCACCCCCCGAUGGAGGGGCCGGGGGCCCCCAUGUACAACGGCCUGCACAGCGCUGACCCCGCCUGGAACCCCAUCCUCAAAGUCGUCCCCAACUCUGCGGAGAACUCAGACCCCCAGCAGGUCUGGCCCGGUACGUGGGCCCCACACGUGGGGAACGUGCACCUGAACCACGUGAACUGAGCGCGGGAGCGGCCGAGCGUCGGGGCGACGGGCGGGCGUGUGCACACCCAGCGCCAGAGACGACGUGAAUUCCUAAUGAACAAGAUAAUCGCGAUGAUAAUGUUAACCUAGAGGUGUCCUAAGCGAGACGAGAAGCGCAGAGGCCGGACGCCAUUUUUGAUGUGCCUAACUAAAAAAAUAAAAAAGAAUACGAUGAGAAUUGAGUGUGGGCUGUUACUUUACCACUGUCUAUGAACAAACGGGAUUGCCUGUUCAACAGGACACCACCUCUGCGUAGCGUAGCCAUCUUGACUUUAAACCACACCUGAACCGUUCUUGAUCUGGCCGGGCUCAACAGGACCGUAAGCUAUUUAUACUCGGACAAGAACUAGACUACAGAGAAGCAUAAAUCAGACCUUUUAGAGUGGUAAAUACAUGUAUAAUUGUUUACAUACUAAAAAAGGGUUAAAAUGAGAGUAAAUUUCAUGUCGUAUAGUGGCUCUACUUUAUGUAGCCUGUAUUAAUGUGAAAUAUUUACCUUAAUAUUCAAUAAAAAGAUGGAAAUGGA